AUGUCUACCUCGCAGAAGAAGAGCCUGUUAAUUAAUAAUUUUUCGAAUUUCUUAUAUAGAAUUGUUAACUACAUGAAAGUUCCUUUUUAAUUUAGUAAUUUGUGAAUAAUUUGAUAUGUAAAAUGAGCUUUUCCGUGAAAAAAACAGGUGGUAGAAUGUGGCAUGAAGCGCGAAAACAGGAAAAGAAAAUUCGUGGGAUGUUAGUAGAUUAUCGUCGUAGAGCUGAACGUCGACGAGAUUAUUAUGAAAAAAUUAAAUCAGAUCCUACACAGUUUUUACAACUUCAUGGAAGACCUUGUAAAAUACAUUUGGAUCCAGCAAUUGCUACAGCUGGUGAUAGUCCAGCAAAUAUGAUGCCAUGGCAAGGAAAUGAAGACAAUCUUAUUGAUCGAUUUGAUGUUCGUGCCCAUCUUGAUUGGAUACCAGAAGCACCAGAUUCUAUUGAUGUAGAUAUUGCACUUACUAGUGAAGACAGACAUAUCAAUUAUGAACGUUAUCGUAUCAUUGUUCAAAAUGAAUUUUUAGGCGUAACGGAAGAAAAAUUUUUACAUCAAAUACAUUUGGAAGAACAAUUUGGUUCAUCAACAAAAUUAGAUUCUGCUAGGGAUAAAAAAAAAUCAUGUAAUAAUGUAGCUAUUGGAUAUAAUUAUGAAACAGAAGAGCCAAUACCUGAAACAGUAAAAUCUUUGGAUACUGUUAUAUCUGAUGAAAAAGCAGAUGAUGAAGAUAGUGAUAUUGAUUUAGAUAUUUGUGUAGAUGUAUCUCAAAUAGAACCAUCACAGGCACAUGAAAUGAAUUUAGUAGCUCAAAAAUAUGGGCUUUUAGGAGCUGAUUAUUUUAGUUUUUUAACGCAAGAUUUUGAGGAAGCUGAAACAUUGAAACAAGCACGCAAACAAGAAGAAGAAAAAGCCAUGUAUUCGGGCAGAAGAUCACGUAGAGAAAGACGUGCAUUUAGAGAGAAAAAAAUGAUUGGUCGUGUUAUGAGUCCACCUAGUUAUGCAGCAAGAGAAAGUCCUGAAUACAAUCCUUAUAGAAAAUCUUCAUCUAAAUCUCGUUCGAGAUCUGUAUCGCCUGUAAAUACUGGACAAAUAACUUAUAUUACAAGUUUUGGUGGUGAAGAAGAAACUCAUGGAAGUUCGUCUCAUGUUACUUCUUCCAAUUCAAGAAAAAUUAAUUAUUCUCAUCUUAGGCGUAGAAGAUCAGACAGUCCAACUCUUAACGAACGAACCAUUAAUAGAAAGCUUUCAAAGUCAAGAUCUAGAAGUUGUUCUCGAUCUGUUAAUAAAUCUAAAUCGUACAGAAAUCGUGAUAGAAAACGUAGUACAUCGAGAACAAGAAGAACACGUUCGAGACAUAGAAAAAUCACAAGGUCAAGAACGAGAAGUCAUUCGAGACGAUCACGAACCCGAAGUGAAUCAAGGUCCCGAUAUAGAAGUUUCACUAGAUCUCGUUCGCGCACGAUUUCAAGGUCAAAAACAAGAUCUAGAUCCCGCUCACGUCCUAAAAGAUCUAGAAGCUCAUCCUCAAGUAGUGUAUCCAGAUCAAGAUCAAGAUCAAGAUCAAGAUCAAGAUCUAAAUCGCAUAACAGGAGCCACUCGAGAGAUAGUUAUCGGCGGAGACAUUACUCUCCAUCGAAAUCAGUAUCUAAAUCUCGAUCCAGAACUAAAUCUCAAUCUAGAUCUAGAUCAAGAUCAAGAAGUCAAUCCAGAUGCAAACGAUCUCGGAGCCUCGAAAAUAAAGUAUCAACACUGCCAAGAUACUACGGCCGACGAGGAAAAUCGUCAAGUUUGGAAUUAGAAUUAUCAGAUAGUGAAGAAAAAGUCCCUACAACAGCACCAAAACCAACGGUUACUAAUACCACGAGCAUGAACAAGCCAAAAGCAGGGUUAAGUACAAAUUCUGGUGGCGGACACAAAUCACUGAAAAUUACACCUCAGGAGCGGCUUAAGAAAAAAAUGCAAGCUUUAUUAAAUAGGCAAUAUAAAGCUGAUAAAAAAGCUGAACAACUUAGAAUUGAGAAGAUGGAACAACAGAGGCAAGAUAGAGAAGAUGAAAUUCGAGAGAUGUCUCUGAAAUUACGUAGAAAACAAAGAGAACGAAGACAUCGUUAUGAAGGUCAUAGUUCUGAUUCACAUUCCUCUGUAUCGCGAACGCCAAGUCCUGGUCGCAGUCCGCGAAUUGUACGUCGAGAUAGAAAAGACAGAGACAUGAGAGAUUUCGAAAACGAUCGUGAACGAGAAAGAGAUAGAGAACGAGAUAGACGUGAUGAUCGAGAAAAGUUUAGAACUGAAUCUCGUAGAAGAUACAGAGAUUCACCACUUCGCUCUUUAAGCCCAAGAAAUAGCCGAGGCCUAGUCGAUUAUUGACAAGAACGCAUGCGGUUAAUCUUCCAUUUGAUGGACUUAAAAUUUUAUUAGAUACUUCCUGC